CAAAGCAUGGCGGCACCCAGGUCUGGAUGUAGGGCAUUGCAGGCAUGUUAUUCAUUCAUAUUUUUUAACCAAACCAUUCAGUUUUGUCUUGCUUUUCCUUCACUCCGCGAUUUUUGGGGUAAAUGACGAGAUUUGUACCCAGGGUUUUAACUACAUUGUUUACAAUUUUGAAUGAGCAGGGGAGUGAGUAUGAGAGGCGUGUGUGGUCUGUUCCUGUCACUCUGGAAGAAGACAGGGACACACUGCAGAAGGAGGAUAACUAGCAGACCCCCUGUUCCUCUUGGAGGAAGGAUAUUAACCAACCCUGAUGAUGUCUUCCAACAUAACACGUGGGAUCAUGUUCAGUGGUCAGAGGAAGAAAAAGAACAUGCAAGAAAGAAAGCUGAAGAAAAUUCAAUUGUACAAGUUCCUGUCGAGGAGCAGGUAAAAUACGACAAAGAUGCUUCCGGAUACUGGGAUGGAUUUUAUAAGACCCAUCAGAACAAGUUUUUCAAAGAUAGGAACUGGCUGUUCCAGGAGUUUCCGGAGAUUCUGUCGGCAAGGACUAGCUGCGCUGAGGAUUUAGCAGCUCCUCUUGCUGGAUCGCACUCGUCCGGCGCCAGCCGGGGAGAAGUGGUUUCUGCGCUAGGCCGUGCUCAUACAGCACAUGGGGGAGGUGAGAACCGUCACUUGUGUCAAAGAAUGGCAGUAGAACAAGAGGAAGGAAGGAGGACUGACAUCUUCCCAGGACGUCAUGCAACAUUCAGGAUCUUUGAGGUGGGAUGUGGACCUGGAAACAGUGUGUUCCCUAUCUUGAAUUCCAUGAAAGACACAGGAGCAUUCCUGUACUGCUGUGAUUUCUCAUCCCAUGCUGUCAAGCUGGUAAAGGCUCACCCAAGAUACUGCCCUGCUCAGUGUCACGUCUUUGUCCAUGAUGUCUGCGAUGAAACCGCCACCUUCCCAUUUCCACCCAAGAGCUUAGACAUCAUUCUUGUCGUCUUUGUGCUGUCGUCCAUUCACCCUGAGCGAAUGCAAGGAGUUGUAAAGAGAUUGACCCAGUUCCUGAAGCCCGGGGGGGUGUUCUUAUUCCGAGAUUAUGGCAGAUACGAUAUGUCACAACUUCGAUUUAAGCAAGGCCGUUGCCUGUCUGAAAACUUCUAUGCCAGAGGAGAUGGUACCUGUGUCUACUUUUUUACAAGAGAUGAAGUCCACCAUUUGUUUGUGAGUGCUGGUUUACAAGAAAUCCAGAACCUGGAAGACAGGAGGCUCCAGGUGAACAGGAAGAAAGGAGUGGUAAUGCGCCGCGUUUGGGUGCAAAGCAAGUAUCAGAAGCCAUGGGAUACUGACGUUUGACAAAGCAACUCACCGGCUAUGAGCCCUGCAUUGGACAGCAAGAUGCUGACAUCAGCACGGAUUGAGUUCUGCAGGUCUCUUACAGCAUCAUUCAGAUUUCUGUGGAUGUGAUAAGCACUUAUCGAAACAAGCAGAAUCAGAUGUGGCAGAAACUGUUGACAGGGCAUCCAAGCAUGAUAAAGUGUGCAUGUCCAAAGAACAGGAGUUGCCAAUGGCCUGUUUCCACUGCACCCUCAUGUUUCCUAUUUCUCUUGCGUCAGUCAUUUUAAAAGAGCUUUUAAUCAAGACUAAUAGUUUGAGAGAAGAAUGUGCAAAACUGAUAUUAUUCAUAAGGAAAUGAUUUUAUUAUAUUUGCGUCUGGAAACCUGGAAUAUGUUACUGGCUGUGAGACAAGACAUAAAUAAAAAGCGAAUCAGAUCGAAAUAAUAUGCCAGCUUUCUGAAGAAUGCAAAAGGUUUCCCUUGAUACGCAAUUCAUGAUCAUAAAAGCCUUAAAUGAACCUGCAAAUAUAAGAAUGGAUGCCAUUCUGUCUGCUAUACUAAAAUGUUGUCCAUCUCUUUCUUGGAGGACCCGACAGUCUGGUCCUCAACCUUAUGUUCCAGACAACCAUCACUCUUUAUGUAAAGAAGUGUUGCCUAUUUUCCAUCCUAAAUAAAUUCCCUUUGUUGCCAUG